GCGCGCACGUCCCUCAUGACGUCACGCCAGCUGCAUCAUCCGUGCGCUCCGUCUCCACUGACUCUCCUCCGUCUCCAGGCUCUCCUCUCGCCAUCAAAACACUCCUCGUCCCGUCGAAAUCUUGAGUUUUCUCGUGGAAAUGGCCGCGCAGCCCAGCGACACUCUGGCGACGCUCAAGACCGAGUCUGAGACGCUGAAGACGAAGCUGGAGGAGGAGAGAGCCAAACUGCACGAUGUCGAGCUACAUCAAGUGGCGGAGAAGACUGAGGCUCUGGGUCAGUUUGUCAUGAAGACCAGACGAACUCUGAAAGGCCAUGGAAAUAAAGUCCUGUGUCUGGACUGGUGUAAAGACAAGAGGAGAAUCGUCAGCUCCUCUCAGGAUGGAAAGGUGAUUGUAUGGGAUGCGUUUACAACAAAUAAGGAGCAUGCGGUGACUAUGCCCUGUACGUGGGUCAUGGCCUGUGCUUACGCCCCCUCUGGAUGUGCAGUGGCUUGUGGUGGCUUGGACAAUAAGUGCUCUGUGUACCCUCUAUCCCUGGACAAGAAUGAAAACCUCGCCGCCAAGAAGAAAUCAGUGGCCAUGCACACCAACUACUUGUCUGCAUGCUGCUUUACUAACUCAGAUAUGCAGAUCCUGACGUCUAGCGGUGACGGCACGUGUGCUCUGUGGGAUGUAGAGAGCGGUCAGAUGCUGCAGAGCUUCCAUGGACACGCGGCUGAUGUGCUGUGUCUGGAUCUGGCUCCCUCUGAGACCGGAAACACAUUUGUGUCAGGGGGCUGCGAUAAGAAGUCUUGCGUUUGGGACAUGCGCACAGGACAGUGCGUCCAGUCUUUUGAGACUCACGAAUCAGACAUCAACAGCGUGCGGUACUAUCCCAGCGGAGAUGCUUUCGCUUCGGGCUCAGAUGACGCUACUUGUCGUCUCUAUGACCUGAGGGCAGACAGAGAGGUGGCCAUUUAUUCUAAAGAGAGCAUCAUAUUUGGAGCCUCUAGUGUGGAUUUCUCCCUCAGCGGGAGGCUGCUGUUUGGUGGCUACAAUGACUACACCAUCAACGUGUGGGACGUUUUAAAGGGCACCCGCGUGUCCAUCUUGUUUGGACAUGAGAACAGGGUUAGCACGCUCCGCGUCUCUCCGGACGGAACGGCGUUCUGCUCGGGAUCCUGGGAUCACACAUUACGGAUCUGGGCCUGAAUGUUGGCUGAACCUCAGCUUUCUGGCUUUUCUCACCGCAGCUGGAUCCAAGGAUAAACUGCAGACUGUACUAGUGUGUUGAGUGUAGUAGAGUAUAUGAUACAGAGGGACUGCAGUGCAUCCAACUCUAAUCAGCACAUGGUAUGCUUGGCAUUAUGGGAUGGACUUGGAUGGUGUGGAUGGCUUCUGUUUCUAUGACAGCGUUCUAGUUUAUGUGUAUGAAUGUGUUUGAGCUCAUGAUCCAAGAAAUAAUUUAUCUGAAACAUUAAUCUACAAAUAUAAACGUAUUCCGUGUUGUUUAGGUCUGUGCAUGAGGCUGAUGUCUCGACUGACUGCUUGAGUUGUUGUUAAUGAGAUAAAGAUUGUUUAGCGGACUCUAUUUCUGAUAUGCAAGCUAACAGUUAUGCUCUAUUAUUCAUUAUGGUCUCGUUCUCUUUCAAUUACUACACAACUAUAGUUGUUCUUUCCUACUUUAGCAAAGUGUAUAUACCAUAAUAUCAUAUAUGGUGUCAAAUCAACACAGAUAUCCCUACACCUUAACCAAAUAAAUGGAUUUUAAACACUG